AUGCGAGGCGACAUCCGCGUUCUAGAACCCGGCCUCGUUUCUUACGGUGGCCGAACCGCGUCGAGCGGCCGAGUCGUCACCUUAAAGCUCUUCGAGGACAACACACUAGUGCGCUCCGAGGUCGAACAGCCCGGCGAGUCGCAGAUCUUAAUCAUCGACGGUGGAGGUAGCCGGCGCUGCGCGUUGCUGGGCGGCAAUCUGGCGGUCGAGGCGGCCAAGAACGGCUGGGCGGGCGUUUUUGUCAGCGGGUGCGUGCGUGACGUGGACGAGAUUCGCGGGUGCAACGUGGACGUGCGAGGGCUUGCCACGUGUCCCGUAAAGAGCGUCAAAAAGGGGCAAGGGGAGAGGAACGUUCCUGUGAAAGUUCAGGGGGUUAUGGUGUACCCAGGCGACUGGUGCUAUGCCGAUAAUGACGAUCGCCUCUAG